CAAGAAGAAGUGGAGGAAGAGGAGGAAGGAAGAAGAAGAAGAUAGGUGGGAUUUUUUUAAAGGCGCUUUCAUGAAUGAGAACGGAGACGGGGAGGUCUUCUUGGUGCGCUCGUGAGCGGAGGCGGCAGAAGCGGUUUCCAUGGCGGCGAGGGACCGUCGGAGAGGGGGCGGCGGCGGCGGCGGCGACGUCUCGUGGAGCAGGUUCUUCUGGUGCACCGUCUUCGCUGUCCUCUCUUGCGUUCUCUUCACCGUCUUCACCUUCUCCACCCUUCGCCUCUCCUUCGGAGAAACUUUUCAACCGGUGGUAGUCCCCUCAUGGCGGAUUCCGGCGAUGAGAGCCGUCUCCGGCGACUCGGAACCCGCUCCGUCGGUUUCGAUAAGGGAAACGGUCAUAUUCCCCGACCAGGCGGUGAUUUUCCUCAAGUACCCUCCGUCGUCUCGCUUAUUUACGAGGGAGGACAUUCACUGCGUCUACGUGGCGGCCUCAGACUCGGCAAAGCUGCGGCUCAAGCAGCCGCCGGCUGGCGUGGACAGCGAUGAUUCCGGCGAGCAGAUCGUGCGGUGCCCGCUUGCCGAGAACGGGUCCUUGGUGUCUCUCGCAUUCGAGUCCGAUGAACACGUCCCGCCCGGGCCGAGCCAUAGGUGGGACUCACUGGUGUAUGAGGCCGUGAUCGACCGUGAUAACACCACGAUCGUUUUCGUGAAGGGCCUCAAUCUCCGGCCCGAGAGGGUCUCCAACGCGUCGAGGUUCGAGUGUGUCUACGGCUGGGAUUUCAGGAAGCCGAGGUUCCUGUUGCGAUCCGAUGUCGAGUCGAUCGCGCAGGAGAUUGUGCGGUGUAAAACUCCCAUGAGUGUCUUGAGUAGUCCGGAGAGGAACGACGCCUCCGUCAAGGUCUCGAUCAGGGUAAAGGGCGGGCGGACGUUGCGCUCCAUAGCCCGGCCGGGCCAUCGGGCUGCGCUCAAGCCGCCGGCCAGGAAGCUCCACAACAUGUGCAUUUGCACGAUGGUGAGGAACCAGGCCCGGUUCAUCAGGGAAUGGGUCGUUUACCAUGCCCGGAUUGGAGUGCAGCGCUGGUUCAUCUACGACAAUAACAGCGAGGACGACACAGACGACGUGAUCGAGUCCCUUGCCUACGCCAAUUACAACAUCUCGAGGCACGUGUGGCCGUGGAUCAAGACGCAGGAAGCCGGGUUCGCCCAUUGCGCGAUGCGGGCACGGGACGCGUGCGAGUGGGUCGGGUUCAUCGACGUGGACGAGUUCUUUCACCUGCCCACAGGUCUGUUCCUGGACGACAUCCUGAGGAACGAGUCGAGGCCCAGUAACGUGGCCGAACUGAGGGUCUCGUGCCACAGCUUCGGUCCAUCGGGGCUCAAGCACGUGCCGAGGCAAGGGGUCACGGCGGGGUACACCUGCAGGAUGGCGGCCCCGGAGCGGCACAAGAGCAUAGUCAGGCCCGAGGCGCUGAACUCCACGCUCAUCAACGUGGUGCACCAUUUCCACCUGAGGAGCGGGUUCACCUUCGCGAACAUGGACCGCGGGGUGAUGGUGAUCAACCACUACAAGUACCAAGUCUGGGAAGUGUUCAAGGAGAAGUUCUACCGGCGGGUGGCCACGUACGUCGCGGACUGGAACUCGGAGCAGAACGUGGGGUCCAAGGACCGAGCCCCGGGCCUCGGGACCAAGGCCGUGGAGCCCCCGGACUGGCCGAGCCGGUUCUGCGAAGUCGAGGACACGGGCCUCAGGGAUCGGGUGCUGCAGGUGUUUGCCGACCCGCGGACGCGGCUGUUGCCGUGGCAGGAGGCACAAAGUAGGGAACCCUCGCAAGAAAUGGCGAUGGAGGUGCCAAAGCAAAGCCCCAAGGACCCGAAGAACUCGCGGGCGCAUCCAGAUAGGGGGCGAGAUGGCUCGAAGGAGGAGACCUUGUUCAGCCCGAGGCUCAAGUCGGCGGCCGCCAUGGCAGGUUGGGAUGAGGAGACACUCGUGAUCGCGAGCCUCAUCGUGGACGACACGCCGGUUCGCGAGUUCAAGCAGAAGAAGCGAUCGGAUCUGAAUUUCAAGACUCCCCCUUCGAAUUCGAGAAGGAAACGAAGGGAUCAGAGGAAGAGUCCUGCUCCAUUGCCCGCGACCAUUCUUAAUCUGGAUGAUGAAGAAACUAAAGCUACCGAGAGGAAGGACAAUAAGACCCUAGUGAAAGAAGCCGCAAAAGACGAAGAGAAAGGCGAAAUACCCGAGCCGGGAUCCUGUGACCCGAGUCUGGCCAUUCCGUGCUUGGACCGACUCAGGGAAGAACUUUCAUGUGCAAUCUGUCUGGAAGUUUGCUUUGAACCCAGUACGACGUCUUGUGGUCACAGUUUUUGCAAGAAAUGUCUUCAAUCUGCUGCGGACAAAUGCGGGAAGCGAUGCCCAAAGUGCAGGCAGAUAAUCAGCAAUGGAAGAUCCUGCACUGUGAACACAGUCCUGUGGAACACAAUACAGCUUCUGUUCCCGAAGGAGAUUGAAACGAGGAAGGCCACCAAAUCCGGGGGAGCAGAAACUCGAGAACGUGAAUCUCAGAAACCGGAAAGAAGAGAGAGUUACAACCAUUCGCGCAGGAGUCUUCGAUCAUCAGUUGCAUCGAGCAGAGACGCGAAUGCAGGGAGGAGAAGAGGAUUGCCGAGCCAGGAUGAGGAUGCUGCAUUUGCUCUGAGGUUGCAGAGAGAAGAGUUCAUGGAGGCUUUCCGGGGAAUUAAUGAGAGUUCCGGAACUUCACUAUCCUCGGCCAGAGCAAACUUAAGAGCCAUGGCUUCCAGAGCCAUCAACCUUAGGAUUAGAAGCCAACACAUCUAGUGCUGGCUUUUUUAUGGUUCAAGAUUUCGUUGUAGGCUUGGUAUAUUCCUUCUAUUUUUGUCACGAGGUUUAUGGCAAGGAUCUUUUUGUCAUAAGGGAGCGUAAGAUCAUUAAUUCUUCACUGACUAAAUCGAAAGUAGUUCUGAUUCUUUCUCA